AUGAGCAAAGUCAAAACUCCAAAGCCCAAGGGUGUUCCAAACAAACACCUGCAUGCCCGGACUACAUUCCUGUAUCAGGCCGCCACAUACCUCACCUUACAAAACGCCGCUGAAGAGUCCAAGGCCUGUCUCAACCUCGGCGACCAGACAGCUCAACCAGGGGAGCAUCAGAAUGAAAGGCCUUCCCCUCUCGCUCUCCAGCUUGGCUCUGAUCUCCAGCAAGUGUCACGAAAGGGGCAGUUGCGGCUCUCUGUUGACCUGAAGCGCUCCAUGUGCAAGAGCUGCAACGCCAUUCUCGUUCCAGGGCGCACUGCCAACCAGCUUGUUGAAAACAAGAGUCUAGGCGGCAAGAAACCAUGUGCAGACGUCCUUGUCGUCGAGUGCAAAAUCUGCGGAGGCAAGAAGCGGUUUCCUAUCGGGGCAAAGAAACAGCUGAAGCGAUCCAAGCGGAAGGCUGUUCUGGAGGAGACCAUGUCGGUCCUUGGCUCCGAGGACGGUCCACAAUCGGACUCAGCCCCUCUCACUGGCACUGAACAAAGUUCUAUCACCGGCUGA